GUCGCUGCCUGUCAAGGUAAGAGGCUCGCCAGACACUCGGAGGAUAACUUGGUCUCAGGUCUCGGAUGUGCAGCUGGUGUUCUCAUCUGUUUACCUACCUGAGUUGUGCCUCCCUGAGCUAAGAUUGUUAACCGGAUUUGAGUAUAGCUCCGCAAACCACAACAGCAACAACAAGUGGGCCAGUGACCAGACAACUUCUGAUUAACCUGCUAUCGUCUGACGGUCAGCACCACAGCAGAAGUCGUUGAGGAGCGUGGUGAUGGAGAAGAACGGCACUGACAAGGCCGCCCUCGGCCACGAGCUGACCAGCAACAGCGUGCCGGACAAGUCGACCGUAGCGGAGGCCGAGGACCCCCUCAAGUGCCCCAUGUCACGACUGCGCAUCUUCAAGAACAUCCUGGUCCUCAGCUUCGGCUUCAUGUUCCUCUUCACCGCCUUCCAGUCGAUGGCCAACCUGCAGACGUCCCUCAACAAGGAGCAAGGUGUCGGCGCCUGGAGUCUGUCCGCCAUCUACGCCGCCCUCAUCGUGUCCUGCAUGUUCUUACCCAAGUUCAUCAUCGGCCUAGUCGGGUGCAAGUGGACGAUACCCGUAUGUAUGAUCGGGUACGCGCUGUACAUGGCGGCCAACUUUUACGCCGUCAUCUGGCUGAUGACCAUCGCUGGCGUCAUUCUCGGCUUUGGCGCCGCGCCCAUGUGGUCAGCCAAGUGCACCUACCUGACACAGCUGGGUGUGUGGUACUCGCGCAUGACGGGCCAGUCCGAGGACGCCAUCAUCAACCGCUUCUUUGGCUUCUUCUUCAUGAUGUUUCAGACUAGUCAGAUCUGGGGAAACCUCAUCUCGUCUCUCGUCUUCACCUCCAAAGAAAACCAGACCCAAUCCAACACCACCCAGUGUGGCGCUGAUUUCUGUCCCGGUGAUGCCGAGAACAACACCAACCUCGACCAGAACAAAGAUAGAGUGUACACAGUUUGUGGCAUUUACCUGGCGUGUGCCGUCAUCGCGAUGAUCGUGGUGUCCACGCUGCUGGAUCCAAUCAAGCUGGACAAGGAGGACAGCUCCACCAAGGGGCGACUGUCACCCGACCUUCUCAUUGCCACCUUCAAGCACCUCUUCACCUCCCCCACCCAAAUUCUGCUCAUCCCCCUCACCAUGUACAGCGGCGUGGAGCAGGCCUUCGUCAGUGGGGACUACACUAAGUCGUACAUCAGCUGUGUGCUGGGUGUGUGGAAUGUGGGGUACAUCAUGAUCGUGUACGGGGUGGCGGACGCAAUCUGCUCGUUUCUCUUCGGCCGCCUGGUGCAGUACGUGGGUCACAUUCCAUUCUUUGUGCUCGCCACCAUAGUGCACGGCGCUCUACAGAUUAUCCUGUUGCUAUGGACACCCACGCCAGACAGGGAAGUUUUGUUCUACGUCAUCGCUGCCUUCUGGGGCAUGGGCGAUGCUGUCAUCCAGACCCAAAUAAACGCCCUGUACGGCGCGCUAUUCACGGAGAACACAGAGGCCGCAUUCGCCAACUACAGGCUUUGGGAGUCGAUGGGCUUCAUGAUGACGUACGCCUACAACAACUACCCCUGCACCAACAUCAAGCUGUACGUGUGUCUCGGCUUCCUGGGCGCCGGCAUGCUGGGAUACACCGCCGUGGAGAUCAAGGAGCGCAACAAGAAACAAGAGAAGGAGGACAUCACUCCCACUACAACCAGACUGUGACGUGAACGUUCGAAAUUGUGACGUCAUAAUAAACAACUCAUGACGUCGUCGGUGCCCAGGGCUUUCUUGUCUCACGUCAUGUCUCCUGACGUCACGUCUCCAGUCAAGACGUCAGCUCUGUCUCAUUACGUCACAAGAACAAACGGGGGGUGGCGGGGUAGGGGAAAGGGGGAGAAGGGGGGUGUGUGUGUGUGUGCCACGUGUUUUGGAAGAGUUUUGGAAGAGGGCUGUAAACUCUCGACUCAGUCUCAGUUUUGAUUACUGGACCGUCUAUUCAUGUACAGAACAUUUAUCUCGACCUUUAGUUGCUUUCGAUUUGAUUGUAAGAGAAAUGAGUGACAAGGUCUGUGCUGCUAUACUGCUCUUCUGUGGCAGCUCUCUCUCUCUCACAUGACUAGCUGCCUUGUUUGCGUGAGGGAUAGCGAGAUUUGCGAAACCGAAACUUUCACUUUUCUGAUUUGUAGAUAGACAGCAGAUGACAAUCCGGAAGUGUUUUCCUGCGCGAUAGGGACUGAGGAUAAAGGGAAUGAAAUAAACGUAAAGUCCUGAAGGGUGGCUGUGACAGCUGGGUGUAGUGUAGGGUGGCUAUGACAGCUGGGUGUAGUGUAGGGUGGCUAUGACAGCUGGGUGUAGUGUAGGGUGGCUGUGACAGCUGGGUGUAGUGUAGGGUGGCUGUGACAGCUGGGGGUAGUGUAGGGUGGCUGUGACAGCUGGGUGUAGUGUAGGGUGGCUAUGACAGCUGGGUGUAGUGUAGGGUGGCUGUGACAGCUGGGUGUAGUGUAGGGUGGCUGUGACAGCUGGGUGUAAGGUAGGGUGGCUAUGACAGCUGGGUGUAGUGUAUCGGCAGGAAGCGAAUGUCUAUCGAAUGCUAUAGACAGGAGCGUGAACACAGCUCAGCAUCUGAUAGCCGUGAAAUCGCCUGAAGUAGACAAUUUAUAUAUACACAGCUAAAAUCUUGUCGACAAGAAGGCAAGUGUAUAAAAUAAAACCUAAUUGGUUAGCGGCAAAAUAAAACUGUAUCCUUUUUAAAUGUCAGUCUGUCGCAGGUCAUAAUUGUAUAUUAUUUACUGUCGAGUAACUUGUGACCUCACCCUUCCAACAGUAAGAACGAGUCGAUGGCUGGUAUCUAAGUCUUCUGUUUCUUCUGUUUGUUAAAACGAUCUGCGUGUACCUAUAAAGUUUAUAGUUUCAGUGACAGCACGUUCGGUAAUCCAGUCAGAUACUGCAUCCUUUAGUUUUGUUGCAGGAUGAUUUAUUGUUGAUACUUGGUGCUGAGGGAAUAAACAAAUGUUAUAUAAAGUUGAUCCCACACAAACAAAUGUUAAAUAAAGGUGAUGAACUCCCACAAACAAUUUUUUCUGUA